UGAAAAUGUUGAAUAUAAGGGGUGAUCAAGUGUCAAUAGUAGAGAAUAUAAGUAUCUCUCAGUUUCAUUGGGAAUUUGAUUCCAAGGUUAAAAUCUUGAGAAGUUUGUUGUAAUAGCUGAAUUUCUAUUGGUUCAUUGCAUGAGAACCAAUAGUAGGCAAAAUUAUUCUCCUUUCGAUGGUGUGACAUCGUUCAAUUUGAUUGGAUAUUCGUAAAAUUUUUAAUAUUUAACGUGAAUCGUCUCCACGGAUCUCAGUGUUCUCAGAUUCUGAUUUAUAGCCACUUUCACUUCAGAUUCUGUCUACAAGCAGAAUAGUAUACUUAACCAAUUUCAAAAGUUACAUAAAUUUGUGAUUCCAUUGAAGUUGUGCGAGAAGACAUGCUCCAUCAAUACAUGUUAGCGUUGAUGUGUUUCCUAAUCUUCACAUAUAUUCAUAAGAUCAAUGCCACCGAUGAUAAUUUUGUAUCUUAUAAGGAUACAUCUUCCAAAUUGUCUCCAGCAUUCAGAGGUCAUGUGAUGAAGCGUAAUUAUUUAUGGGAUGCACGUUUGGGUAAGCGUUCAAUGAAUACUAUGAAUCGUGAUUCAUAUCCGUGGUAUAAAUAUAUUCGUGAACCGUAUUACGUUGAUGAUAGUUAUUUUCGAGGUUAUCCUGGUUAUGAUGACUGAAAACAUUAACAUAAAGAUGGCGAGAAAUCUGAGGGAACUGAACAUUGAAUGUUUUCAGUUUUUAUUUUCACUUAUUGUACUUUUCCUUUUUCUUUAUAUGGAAGCAUGUAAGAACCUAACAAAGUCUAUAGUUUAAAUGCAUAAAGCUAAUCUAAUAAAAAUAUAUUAUUAUUUUCCCUG